GGGGGCCAAAGUGUAUUUAAAUGGCUGCCACACCAGCACACGAAAUUUCACGAAACUCCAAGUGCACGUUUUUGGAUCCAGCGGACUGCUCUCGGGGAACCUGUGUAUCCACGUCCGAGAAUCGGAAGAAGCAAUAAGGCACUGCAACAGGAGGAGACUUUUUUGGGAACCGCCGGCGUUUAUCUCUGACUGGCUUGUUUUCGCCAGCCAACCGUUGUUUGUCUGUUUGGCUGUUUUGGGUUGAACGCACGCGGAAAAUGGAGAGCAAGCCGAAGGUGAAUGGCUUUGUGGACGCGGCAGGAGCCGCCUCCUCCCAGGCAGGUGGUGACGCCAAGGCGAAGGGAUCCCCGGUGGAUGUGCAGCUGCAGGACGGCCUCAGCUGCGCCGAGCUGUUCCAGAACGGCGACGGACUGACCUACAACGACUUUCUCAUAUUACCCGGCUACAUAGACUUCACCGCCGAGGAGGUCGACCUCAGUUCGCCGCUGACCAAGUCGCUGACGCUGCGAGCGCCGCUGGUUAGCUCGCCCAUGGACACGGUAACCGAGUCGGAGAUGGCCAUCGCCAUGGCGCUGUGUGGUGGCAUUGGCAUCAUCCAUCACAACUGCACGCCGGAGUACCAGGCGUUGGAGGUGCACAAGGUUAAGAAGUACAAGCACGGCUUCAUGCGCGACCCCUCGGUGAUGUCGCCCACGAACACGGUCGGUGAUGUAUUGGAGGCACGGCGCAAGAACGGCUUCACCGGCUAUCCGGUGACGGCCAACGGCAAGCUGGGCGGCAAGCUGCUGGGCAUGGUCACGUCGCGGGACAUCGACUUCCGCGAGAACCAGCCGGAGGUGCUCCUGGCCGACAUCAUGACCACCGAGCUGAUCACCGCGCCCAACGGCAUCAACCUGCCCACGGCGAACGCCAUCCUCGAGAAGAGCAAGAUGGGCAAGCUGCCGAUUGUCAACCAAGAUGGCGAGCUGGUGGCCAUGAUCGCGCGAACGGAUCUGAAGAAGGCCCGCUCCUACCCGAACGCCUCGAAGGACUCCAACAAGCAGCUCCUCGUCGGCGCCGCCAUUGGAACGCGCGCGGAGGACAAGGCGCGACUGGCUCUCCUCGUGGCCAAUGGAGUGGACGUCAUCGUGCUGGAUUCCUCACAGGGCAACUCCGUCUACCAAGUGGAGAUGAUCAAGUACAUGAAGGAGACCUAUCCCGAGCUCCAGGUCAUCGGCGGCAACGUUGUUACCCGCGCCCAGGCCAAAAACCUCAUCGAGGCCGGCGUGGAUGGGCUGCGUGUGGGCAUGGGCUCCGGCUCGAUCUGCAUCACCCAGGAGGUGAUGGCCUGCGGCUGUCCGCAGGCGACGGCCGUCUACCAGGUGUCCACGUACGCCCGCCAGUUCGGAGUGCCGGUGAUCGCCGACGGAGGCAUCCAGUCGAUCGGGCACAUCGUGAAGGCUAUUGCGUUGGGGGCGAGUGCCGUGAUGAUGGGCUCCCUGCUGGCCGGCACCUCGGAGGCGCCCGGCGAGUACUUCUUCUCCGACGGCGUCCGCCUGAAGAAGUACCGCGGCAUGGGCUCCCUGGAGGCGAUGGAGCGCGGCGACGCCAAGGGCGCUGCCAUGUCGCGUUACUACCACAACGAGAUGGACAAGAUGAAGGUCGCCCAGGGCGUCAGCGGCAGCAUCGUGGACAAGGGCAGUGUCCUGCGGUACCUGCCCUACCUGGAGUGCGGACUGCAGCACAGCUGUCAGGACAUCGGCGCCAACUCCGUCAGCAAGUUGAGGGACAUGAUCUACAACGGCCAACUGCGCUUCAUGAAGCGCACCCAUUCCGCUCAGCUGGAGGGCAAUGUCCACGGCCUCUUCAGUUACGAGAAGCGUCUCUUCUAACAUACGACCUCGGCUGCGGCGGAGAUGGGCAGCGGAGGAGGAGGAGGAGGAGGCGGAGGCUCGUCUGGCCCUGUCCAACGGCAGCAACACCAUCAACAGCAUCAGCAUCAGCAGAUGCAGCAGCAACAUCAGCAGCUGCAGCUUCAGCAGCAGCAGGAGCAACAGCAGCAGCAUCAGCAUCGCCACCGACCACCUGGAGCAGGCAGCCUGCUCGACUACGCCCGCCUAUUCGAUCGCAAGUGAGAGGAUUGAAGAUUGGAGAGAACCAAACGCUCGGACAGCACACCCUUUCCCCCUGGAGUUUUGCCAGUGCUAGGUUAAGUCUCUCAUUGGAAUCGCGGAUCACGAUUCCGAUAUAGAUUCCCCCGUUUUUUGGUGGCGCCGGAGGUUACCUCGAAUCGCCCGCAUAUACAUGUGUAUACCCAAUCCAUUCUGUCUGGUUGGCAGAAACCUAAUAUUAAGUGUUUACAGGCGAACCGAUCUGUAUAGAAACUAUGUAAUCUUCAUAUAUUUGCUACAUAUAUCUUUACCUAAAUCGAGCGCAACGCGUUUGUUGGCCGCUUACUUAUUUGGCUCGCUAUAUGUACAUAGAUGUUAAUCUCUAUUUGUAUAGUGUUGGAUGUUUACUAUUAUAAUGAAGCUCGCUUCAAGUUAUAAACUCUGCCAAACUUAUUAAAUGUGAACUGAAACUAAACGAA